CCCACCAUGUGCUCCAUUUUCCUUCACCACUUUCAUAGUUCUUUCUCUAUUCUUCUCUGCUCUAUUUCCCAGCGUGCAUUUUUGUUCUGUUGGACAAGCUUUCCUGUUUCGUGUUCUUCUUCUUGAGAUCGAAGGACGAAGUUAGACAUCUCUGUGGUUUAUGCACACAAUUGGCAAGUGCCAUUCGCUGUUUCUCUCGUCCAAAGCCAUCUUCUUGCACCAGGUGGCGCCAUGUCAACGGCCCAGAGCCCAGCGAUCGCAGUGACGGCGGCGGCGGUGGAGAAGAGCAAGCACUGGGCUCCGCACGGCGCGGCGCUGACGGCCUGCCUCGUAAGCAUCAACCUGCUCAUGAUCCUCCUCAUCUUCUUCUACUUCUGGCGGUUCUUCUCCGGGAAGCGAGGUCCCUUGGCCCCCGGCGGCGGAAACGACGAGGAGGCGUCGUCGUCGACGGCCGACAGUUCGCCGGCGACCUCCCCGAGAGGGUCCAGGCGCCUGAGCGACCCCGGGCAGCUGCCCGUAUCCGUGUACGACUCGAGCAGCGACGACCCCGCCGGCGGGAAGGCGGAGUGCGCGGUGUGCAUCGUGGAGUUCCGGGACGGCGACCUGGCCCGGCUCCUCCCUCGCUGCGGGCACCGGUUCCACGCGGCGUGCGUCGACGCGUGGCUGCGGCUCCAUUCCACGUGUCCGCUCUGCCGCGCCGACGUCGUCCCCCCGUCGCCCGCCGCCGCCGAGCCCAAGAACGACGACCCCAAGGACGACGGCGGCGCAGAGUGCCCUGUGUGAGCUGGGCGGAUGAGAUCCACGCCAAUGCAGAGGAGACUGGAGAGGAGCCGGAGCACGUAACGGCGGAAGGCGACAAGAUUCAUUCCGUCGGCGUCGAUGUCCGUUAGCUCAAAAGUCGGCGAGGUACGGUUGGCUUUCGUCGUCUCCUGGUUUGCCGUGUCGAUCGGUCGAUCCUGUUAUAUUUUCAUCUCAGUUUUUUGGGCCUAUUUGAGGACCGCCGAGGCGUACAUAUUUAGAUCAGUCUUCUUAUAUAUUAUGCCCGUAUGAUUGGAAUUGCAAGAUUAGUAACAGAAGACUGGCGCGACAGAAUUUGCUGUGUAAUUAAGUUUACCUGUAAAUUAAUAGGAAUUUAAAUUAUGAUCAACUUUUUGGUUGGUGAAUUUC